AGUUUUCUCUAGCAUCGACUUCCUUUCACUCGUUUGCCCGACUUGCGUGAAAAUGUCAUAAUUGGACAGUCGCAGUUUCCCCAACGCAUCACGCAGAUGAAAAGAAAUCGCGGCCGUUUAUAAAAGCGACGUUUCGCCCCGCCAAACGUCACACAAGUCAUCAACUCUUUGCUCUAUCAACAACUCCAUCAACAUCCAUUUCACUUCGACUGCAAGACACGUCGUUUCUUUUUUUCCUUGGCCGAUCGUUCACGCACCAUGUUUCGAAUGCUCAAAGAUGUGCUGAUGUUCGUGAUUGUGGUGGCAGUCGCAUCAGCCGGCGAGGAAACCGAAAGGCUAGACAUGGUCUUGGCUCCGGCCAAAUAUCAGGUCAACAUUCCCGUCACUUAUUCGUCUGGAUACUAUGGCGGCUACGGGGCGGGCUACGGUGCGAGCAAUGCGUACGGCUGGUACGGGCACGGCGUCAAAGCUGCCGUUCGACCUCUCCCCAGUCCGUCUUACACUCACCAUCGCUACGUCGGCAACGGGUACGGCGUUCCGCAUUCGGCGCCCCUAUUUCGAUGGGAUGCGACGCACCCGAAAACCAAGGGAGGUAAGCGUCGACCUCACGGCCAUUACGGAAAGGGCGGCCACCACGCAAAAGGCGGAUACUACGGCAAAGGUGGGCACCGCGGUAAGGCCGUCCACGUCAUUCACGUCGUCCACACCGGCUACACGAAACCAGCCAGCGUGAAAGGACCCGGAGGGUACGGAUACAGCGCACCACCUCCCAGCCCUGUUAAGGUCAGCACCCCGUACCAACAGACUCCGUUCACCGCCUUCAAACCGGCAAAGGUGAACGACGACGUCGUCGCACCUGUCGUUCCGGCAGUGGCAGCCGUCGCCCCUGUCGUUGUGCCCGAAGUGGUGACAGCUGCCCCCGUAGUGGUCCCUGUGGCGCCCGUUGUCGAGCCAAUCGUCGAGCCUGUCGUCGUGCCCGUCGUCGAGCCGGCCGUUGCGGCCGUCGUUGAGGCCGUUGUGGCGCCCGUCGUCACAGCUGCGCCGGUAGUGACGGCGAUCUACACGCAUGCGUACAAAACUGUGCCCACCGUUGCACCCGUUGUAGUUCCGGAGGUGGUCGCACCGGUCAUUCCGGAGGUCAUCGUGCCGACGCCCGUCGUUGCCGAAGUAGUUGCCCCUGUUGUUGAAGAAGUAGUUGCCCCCGUUGUUGAAGAAGUCGUUGCUCCUGUAGUUGCUGAGGUGGUUGCCCCUGCAGUGGUGGAAGUCGUGGCUCCUGUCGAGGAACCGGCCGUGGCAGAGGUAGAGAGUGUGACGGAGGUAAGUGGCACAGCUCCCGAAGAAGCGGACACUGCGACCGAUAGCGGAGUGGAAGGCGGCAAUGAAGACAAGGGCAAGCAGGAAAGUGGUAAGGUGAGCGAAGAAGAAGGUGGUAGCGAUGAACGUUAAGAUGAACUGUCAUAAAUGCGGAUGAUUUGUAACGCAUCAACCCGGCUGCGGUAGUGAGGCUUGCUGGAUAGGAAUGUCGGUUUCACCUUGGGAACUGACAAUCUCGCUACGUUAACGGGAUUCGCAUUCAUUUGUCUUUUUUAAAGUUUUGACUCCAUUCGCCAAUCGAUUCGGGCGGCUAAAUCAACUACAGCUGUGCUAAAAAGUCACAAUUGAAAACGUAUCGUCAUUGCAAACAUGUUUUUAUAAUGUCACAUCGCAUCCAACACUCUCACGAGUUGUACCCGUGGGACCAUCUCUACACAAUACAUGAACCUGUUAUUCACCUAUGCAAAUGAAA